CGUUGGAUUUGGAGAGUCGGUUAUCAAUGGCAUCAAAACUUCUUUCCCGAGCCCUUCGAUUUAAAACGUUUGGCUCAAAACAAAGUCCAUCAAAGAGAAACUUUUAUCUUUACACACCAGAGCCAUUUCAUCCGUUUCCAGACCGUCAUCCAGACUGGAAGUCAGCACUUGAAGCGGUGAGAGCUGUCAAAUCAGGUGAUAAAAUAUUUUUACAUGGAGCAGCAGCUACUCCUGUUAGAUUAGUGGAGGCUCUAGCAGAACACAGUAUCAACCAUAAUUUAAAAGAUAUAGAAAUAAUACAUAUUCAUACAGAGGGACCAGCAAGUUUUACUAAGCCAGAAUUCGAAGGUGUUAUCAGAUCUAAUUCCUUAUUUAUUGGUUCUAAUGUUCGUGAAGCUGUAAACAGAGGAAGUGCUGAUUGUACUCCAAUAUUUUUAAGUGAAAUACCGUUGUUAUUUAGACGCAACAUAAUAAAUCUAGACGUAGCUUUGAUAUCAGUUAGUUACCCUGAUGAACAUGGCUACUGUAGUCUGGGACCAAGUGUUGAUUGUACACGGGCUGCUGUACAAAAUGCUAAAGUUAUUAUAGGGUUAGUAAACCACAAUAUGCCACGUACAUUUGGUGACAGUAUGAUACAUCAAUCACAUAUAGAUGUAAUGGUGGAAGACAAAUAUACCCCUCUUCCUGAACGUCCACCAAAACCUCUUACAGAUGUCGAAACAGAGAUAGGGCGACUCAUAGCUGAAAACCUUGUACAUGAUGGAGCUACGCUUCAAAUGGGAAUUGGUUCUAUACCAGACGCUGUUUUAUCACAGCUUGGUAAUCACUGGAAUCUAGGAGUACACACUGAAAUGUUUAGUGAUGGCAUUAUAGAUCUGGUAGAAAAAGGAGUCAUAACAAAUUCUAAAAAAGUCAUACAAACUGGCAAGAUUGUCAGUUCCUUUGCUGUUGGAUCCAGAAAACUCUAUGAUUUUAUGGACAAUAAUCCUUAUGUGUGUAUGUUAGAUGUAUCAUUUACCAACAGUACAGCUAUUAUCUGUCAGAAUCCAAAAGUAACAGCCAUUAAUUCUUGUAUUAUGGUAGAUCUAACGGGUGUGGGAGGUCAGGUAGAUUUUAUACGUGGUGCAGCAUUAGGACUAGAUGGAUUAGGUAAACCUAUUAUUGCCAUGCCAUCUACCACUAAAAAAGGAGAGUCCAAAAUAGUUCCUGUGAUAGCAGAAGGGAGUGGAGUUACAACUACAAGAGCUCAUGUUCAUUAUAUUGUAACAGAAUAUGGUAUAGCCUAUUUAUUUGGUAAAACAUUACGACAGAGAGCAUAUGAACUGAUAAAAAUUGCUCAUCCAUCUCAUAGAGAGAGUUUAGAAAAAGCUGCUUUUGACAGAUUGAAAUGUAUGCCAUGUCCCUAACAUUGGCAUGCUCAAUUUAUAUUUGGGUACUUUAAGUUUAUCAAAUCAUAGGAUUAAAACAGAGACAGAUAAUAUCAGGUACAAAAAAGAAACAAAAUUCUAAUUUUUAUUUGUGUAAAAUAUACUUCAUAAUAUACAUGUAGCCCUGAAUAGAAAGUUUUUUCAAUAACAUUGUUAUAACAAGGCAUAAUAGCUUUUCCUGAAGUUGUUUGAAUUUACGUUGUAAAGCCAUAUAAUUUUAAUAUACAUGCAUUGCAUUUCUGAAAAUAUGCUAUUUUACUAGAACAUCUUUGAAAGGAGGUAAUACUGUUGAUAUAAAUCAUAAUAUAUUAUAUGGUUCUACAGUCAGAUUGUGCAUUUCCGUAUGAAUGCAUACAAGUGCAGUUUUAAAUGUAAAAGUUGAAUGCUAAUUUAAUAUAACAUGAAUGUUAAGAAGGUACAUGUGUAAAUGAACCAAUUCCUUGUGUUAUGUUUUAAGAUUGAUUUGAUAUUUGAUUUGAUAAAUGAAGGAUAUGUUUGAUGUAUCAAGUAUUUGAAAUAAUGAUUUUGUAAGAGUAAUAAUUAUGUUAAAUGAUUUUCACUCAUUUUAUUGGAACAAUUAAUCACAAUUAACCUUGAGUAGUUAUUGACAAUAGUGACUGCCAAUAGCAGUCCUUUAACACUUUUCAGACUGUUUUAAGGGGCCUUCGCGUUGCGAAUAUGCAUGUGACUACAAAUUCCAAAUGCAACUUUCAGCUCUGAGUUGCGCGAGAAAUGCCUUUAAAAACUUAUAACUGCUGUUCUUUUUCACAACCAUACACAACAGGUGAUCAGUAUGUAAGGACCACUUAAGCUUUGGUGUCCAUUUAUUCAUAAAAAUAGUACCUAUAGGAUGAUAAUAUAUUGAAUGUCAAAUAUAUAUAUGCCAUGUUGGUGCAAGGAACCCAUGUAAAAUACAGAGUUUAUAAAUAUUAUUAUGAAUGAAAAUGUCAUAACAGUCAUUAUUGACUGGUCUUAAAAUUGUAAAUAUACAAAUGCCACUCCUUAUAAGACCAACUUUCCACAGUGGGAAGUUUAUUAAGUAAAGUACUACAAGGAAAAUAUUAAUUGACAUAACCUAAUACAUAAUUACAUCCUUAGUGAUAUUAUUAAUAUUAAAAAUUGAUAUCUAAUUUUACAGUCAUUAAUGGUAAUUAGCUUUACUCUAAUUAUAAGUUACAAGGCACCUAAAAUAAUUAGCUAAUUGUUAUUGAUCAUAUGAAUAUUAUCAAGGUAGUUAUUAUAGUUGAGUAUACAGUAACAAUCAAGGUGAAGUCUUUACCUAGUUUAGACAGAAAGGUUUUUCAAAUCUAUCAAUAUGAGAACAAGGUGCAUUAUUGAAUUUUAGAACAUCUUAAAGGAAUUAUUAAGAGGUUUAAACUUCAUAUGUGUAUUUGGGACAUUCCAAUUUUCAGUCAGAGGUCUGUGGUUCUUGCAAUUCCACUAAACCUAAGCUUCUGAUGACAUCACUGUUACAAAAUUCUCUUAUAUUACAUAAGGUCCUAAUCAGUAUAAAAUGCUUUUUGUGGAAUUGCAGGAACUGCAUCAUUCUGAUUGAAAAUUGAAAGGGUGCAAAUCGAUGCUCAUAGUGUCCCUGAUACACAUAAGAAGUUUAGAAAAACCUUUUGACAAUCCAUUUAAUCUUCAAAAUUCAAUCUAUGUUAGAUCAGAGUUAAGUUCAAGGAUAAAUCUAUCAUUAUCAUAUCAGAUCACUCUACAUCUCAUACCUAUCCUUCAAAAAUAAAACCAUUCCUCAAAUUAAAACAAUAUCAACUUCAGUUGCUCGCCUACUCUCUUGGACUUCUAGACUUUAUAGUAAAACUCAAAAGCUCUAUUAUCACUACAUGAUUGAGGGGCCAUUAAUUCUAUGUUUUAACUGCCCAGUUACCAAAUACUUUUCUUCACCAGAAUGGAGUAUUUGAGUAAAGAUAAAGAAAUCUACAGUAAUGUGCAAAUUGAUAAAACACAUCAAUAGAGACAGUAACAGAUCUGUUUCUAAUGUAUUUUAUUGUUUCCCUAUUAUUGUUAUAUAAAAGUUAUAACUUUAUUUAGAUGUUUAUAAUAGUUAUGUUAUUAGUGAUAUAUAAUGUUUGCCUUCAGAUUAUUAUAAUUGUUAUUGAGCUUUCAAAGGAAAGAAGAGUAAGGUUUUCGUAUACAUUUUGGACUAAUCUUGUUAUUGGUAACAGGUCAAACGAAACAAUAUUGAAAUUGUAUUGAUAUGUCUAAUAUUUAUCUAUAAUAUCAUUUUUUUUUAGAAUUUCAAAUUACUAUUAUCAAUACAAAUCCUUUUAUUGAAAAGUCUAUUUGAUCUGCUACAAAGAGGUCUUUUUAUUGUCUUUCUGCUUAUUGUAUUUUAUCUUUAUACUGUUUCUUGCCAUCACUUAUAGACU